CGACCGAUGUGAUAGUUGUCAACAUCGUGUCGCGUUACCGAAAUUAUGUUGGCUUUAGAGCUUGUAAAACUUUUUUCGAACAUUUUCUAAAUUUUAUCUGUGGACGCUAUAAACUUAAUGGCGUGCAGGGAGCCACCUCAAACUGCGAUCGUCAUUAACUUGUUGAUUGGCGACUUGGUGCAGGAUGCCGUAAACGAGCCGCUAAAGCUUUCCGAGCAAAAGAACACCUGCCAGCGGCUGUUCGACAUUUUGGGCUUUCAGGCCGACGAGUGUUUCGAGGACGUGGAGGUCAGUGAUGUGGCUACGACACAGAGUUCGAGUACCCUUCCGGCCAGUUCAAAAUCGCAUUUAGUCGAAACCAAGCAAAAGAAUUGGUACGGUUGGAUGUCCAAGGCGUUGACAGAAGAAAAUUCCGAGGACGAUGUUGAGAUCUUCAGGAAGGAUAAGAGUGGUGCGCUAAAAUCAUUCGAUUCGAUCGGGGUGCAGACGGAGCAGCCGCGCCGGAGGAUUAGACCCUGUCCUGUGGAUUACCUCCCGACACUUGCCCCCUGCGAAUUGACUCGUCAAACGAUAUUUAUCGAUGCCGUGUCCAUGCCAAUACCAAAUAUUUUGGGUCGGCCGCCAUUGGCCGAUCGGUUUUGCUAUAUGCUGACUGAUUUCGCCUCGGCGCUUUAUUGUAGUCUCGCCAUCAUGUGUUGUUGCACCCCCAAUAUGUUGAGAUAAAUUAAAGCGUAGCGGGUUGGGCCUCUGCUUUGCUAAA